ACGCCAGCAUUGGAACAACCAACCUCGAAACCACCCAGCUACGUCCUCACUGGAGGCUUCCUGAACUCUUUCGGAAGCAUCGCGUAAACAACAUGCGACAUCUGGCGCGCCCCGCGCUGCUCAAUCCCGCCUCGAUCUCUCUUCUUCCGGGUUGUCAACGGGCAGCGCGUCUUGCGCGAUACCAGUCUACGGCUGCAAGCAGCGAUGAACCUGCAACAGCCUCGCUGAGCCCGCGAUGGCUGUCCGACCUGAAAGCGAAGAUUGGAAAGUGCAUCAUGUUUGGCCUUGAUCCCGUCCAGACAAAGGAAGCUGGGUCGAUAUUGCAAGAGAUAGCAGUGGAUUGGCGAGAGCUGGUGGCGGGCAGCGAGGGCUUCCUCACGGGAAAUGAGCAGAGAGGGCUCUAUCGGCAUCGGGUCGUGUGGGGAGAAAUGGAUAGCAUGGGACAUGUCAACAACGUAGUGUACAACCGUUACGCCGAGAGCGCCCGAGUUAACUGGGCUCUCAACUUCGCGGCGACUGAUCCCGCCCAUGCAGCCCAAUGGAUGGAGCUGAUGACACCCAACAGCAUUGGCCUCAUUCUUCGAAGCAUCCGGACAGACUACAAGUUUCCGAUGACAUAUCCAGAUCGGGUAACGGUGCUGCAUAAGCUAAGGAACAAGCCAGAGUCGGAUAUCGACCACUUUAUCCUCGAUGUGUUAAUACUGUCGGAGCUGCAUCGCCGACCGGCGGCCCGUUGUGUGGAGGAUAUCGUGGUCUACGACUACAAGGCGGCACGAAAGGCGCCGCUAAGGCCGUUCAUGGUCAAAAAGUUCCAAGACAUGUUCGCACUGCAAGAGCAAGCCAAGGAGACGUACGGAAAUAAGGUGCAGGACUUGAUCAGGCGAGUUCGGAAAUUGGAGCAAAACAGCUGGGACAGGCCAGGCGCUAAAGAAGAUUUCGGUAGCGCGACGAAUCCUUAAAGCUUCUUCUCUCACCCGCAUCUCACGAUGUGAUCGACUGUGGCGGCUGGGAGG